AUAAGUGCUGGCAAAAACUGGCAGAUGCAGUUGCCCAACACUUACAAAACACUGCAACUGGACGACACAAAAGUCCACGCUGGGUACAAAAUAUAUUUGUUUAUUAUUUGUAUAUAUAUAAACACAAAACUGAAACAAUUGACGCAGCUAUGAAUCAAUUCCACACACCCUCAUUCGGUGACGAAGUGUUCGAGAUGAAUGAAACCCCCGUGGAUCAGACACAACAACAAACUGCUAUUGUCGCAUACUUCAAUAGCCAGAGCCGGCGGCAGGAGCCAACGAUGUCGGGCUGCCACAACAAACUGAUAGUUUAAGUGAAUUUUACUGGAUUGAACAGAAUCGAAUGCUUUUCCAGCUGAGUACAUGCAUUAAUGAAGGGGCUCGCAACUGGAUACCAGCUUUCAUAAUCGUUUUAUAAUAGUUCAAAAAGAGCCCAAUUGGAAGCGUUCAAGUGGAGCUGCGCUUCUCUUGGAUUUGUAUUAGUUUGUGUGCGUGUGCGAGUGUGUGUGCGUGCGUGUGUGUGUGUGUGUAUGUUUAGUGUGCCCGCCAGCCCUAGAUGAUGGCAUCAGUAAGCGCAUGAGGGUUAUCGAUACAAAGCAACAACAAUUAACAGCAAAAGGCAUCGCAAACGCUUAUCAACAAACAACACGCACACAAACAUAUACAUAUACACAAACAAACAAACACACACACAGCCACACACACGCACGCACACUCAAUCAGCAGGUUGUGUGGACGCAACGCGUCUGCCGCGUCUCUCUCCGCGCCCCAACAACCAUAUGCGCCUCCAUAGAGCCUCACGGCGAAUAAGUAGGCUAAGCAGCCUGGAUCACUCCACGCUGGUUGACGACGACGAGGAGGAGCACAUGGACUACGAUACGCCCAGCAGCUACGCCAGCAACCAGAUGACAACAAAUCAACAGCAGCAGCAGCAGCUGCUGCCACAACAGGCGCCCGCCAAGCCGCUGGCGCCGUACGCGCUCUUCUUUCGCGACACCAUGACGGCCAUCAAGCAACAGAAUCCCGCCUGCACACUGGAGCAGAUCACGGCCAUAGCGCUCAACAUGUGGGAGUCGAUGGACGAGAAGCAGAAGAACGUCUACGAUCAGCGGCACGAGCUGGAGAAGCGCGAAUAUGUGCGACAGCUGCGCGAUUAUCAGCGCAACCAGCAGCAAGUCGAGGCAGCUUCAGCUGCCACUGAAGCCCAGCAACAACAGCCGCCCGCAGAGCAGCCGACGCCGGCCGAAAGUUUGCCCAGCAAAGAGGAGCCGCCAGUAGCAGCAGCAGUUGCCGCCGACGCCGCAGAGCCUGCAGUGGCGCAAGCGCCGCUGCCGCCGCCGCCAUCGGAUCACAUACAGCUGCUAACGGAAGCGGCGGCCGUGCAAAAAUGUACGCGCGAACAAUGCAAUAAGCCAGCGAUAAUAAAUCCUGAUUGGGAGGACGAAUAUUGCAGUAAUGAGUGCGUUGUCAUACAUUGUCGCAAUGUGUUUACCGAGUGGGCGCGUUCGCUGCAAAACUCGCCCACGUAGUAACUGUACUUAGUAGUCGCACUUGUAGGUAUUAACUAAAAAAAAAAAACAACAAUAAAAGUAGCUAAUAAAACACAAUCGCCGAUCAG